UAUUGAAAGAACUGCCCACUGGUCUGCUGAAAACUUUGGCUGUUUCAAUGUGGCUCCCUGCUCUCCUGGAAUGCAGUUCACUUUUGAAAGGAACUUUGUGCUGUCAAGAGGAUAGAUUUUCCUCUCCUCUGGGAGGCAGGCUUCCCCCCCCCCCUUCUGUUAGCUUUCCGAGCGGCGAGUUUUCGACUUUUGAAUCGAAAGCUUGUGCAGUCCUAGUCUGAAAAAGUAGGCAGGGACAAUGGAGGAAACUGAAAGCCAGAAAUCUGAGCCGCUCCUGACUUGUCCAAGAGACAGCAGACAGAUGAAGGACCAGGCGAGACGCAAUGUGCACGGAGCCUCAUUAGACGAUGCUGAGUGCCUAUGGCCUAAGGAACUCGUCGCUUCUGGAACCUGCCAGACGCCCAGUUCAAAGGCAGGCCGCAACAUUCCUCGGAGACAUACCGUAGGGGGCCCUCGGAGUUCUAAAGAAAUUCUGGGAAUGCAGACAUCAGAUAUGGACAAGAAGAGAGAAGCUUUUCUGGAGCACCUAAAGCAGAAGUAUCCCCAUCAUGCCACCGCGAUAAUGGGCCACCAGGAAAGACUGAGAGAUCAGGCUUUGCAGUGCAUGUUGGUGUCCCUCCAUUCAGAACUUGACAUUCAAAGGUACUUGGUGAAAAUUGAAUCCUCCCAGAGAACAAGGAGCCCAAAGCUCUCUCAAAGCCCACAGCCCAGCUUGGCAGAUCAGACCGAAUAUUUUCCAGAGGCGUCUGUCGACUCCCCGGAAAUCAUGUCCGAAGGAGAAUCCCCUUCUCCUUUCUCAAGAGGGAGCCGUAUGCGAGCCAGCCUUCCAGUGGUGAGGACAACAAACCAGACGAAGGAAAGAUCACUUGGUGUUUUAUAUCUUCAAUAUGGAGAUGAAACCAAGCAGCUAAGAAUGCCUAAUGAGAUCACAAGCACAGACACGAUCCGCGCCCUCUUUGUAAGUGCCUUCCCCCAGCAGCUGACCAUGAAAAUGCUGGAGUCCCCCAGUGUGGCGAUAUACAUCAAGGAUGAGAGCAGAAAUAUCUAUUACGAAUUAAGUGAUGUAAGGAACAUUCAAGACCGGUCGUUCCUUAAAGUUUACAACAAAGAUCCUGCACACGCUUUUAAUCAUAUGCCCCGAGCUGUAAAUGGAGAUGUAAGGAUGCAGAGAGAAAUCUUCCCAAAUGCUUCUCGGCCAGGCUCUGCGGCACAUCCUCCGCCUCACGCUCUUCCGACCUCUCCGCCUGCUACGCCGGUGCCCCACUCCAUGCCCCCUUCCCCGUCUAGGAUCCCCUACGGCAACGUCAGGCCCGUCAGCGGCCCCGGCAAUGCGACCAUUCCCAGAGACAGGCUUUCGGGCAUGCCGGCUUCCAGAUCCAUCUCACCGAGCCCCAGUGCCAUCUUGGAACGAAGGGACGUGAAGCCUGAUGAGGACAUGAGUAACAAAACCCUCACUCUUUUCCGUAACGAAGGGCUGUAUGCCGACCCCUACUUGUAUCACGAGGGCCGGAUGAGCAUUGCGGGCUCUCAUGCUGGACACCCUCUCGACGUACCUGACCACGUCAUUGCCUACCAACGUAGCACAAUGAGGUCUUCAAGCACUUACUGUAAUCCUCCCAUGCCACCUGAAAUGAUGGAGCAAUCGCUGUACCGGCAAAAAUCCAGGAAAUACCCCGACAGCCACUUGCCGACACUGGGUUCCAAAACACCUCCUGCCUCUCCUCACAGAGUGGCCGACGUGCGGAUGAUAGACAUUCACACCCAUCAUAAUGCCCAAGUGGGAGGCCCUCACACCAUCCACCUUGACAGGUCAUCUCCUGGCCGCCAAUCGCUCAAGAAGGACCCAGGGACUCCUGUGUAUGUGGAAGCCAAAGCACGAAAUGCUGCCAUGGGUUUACCUGGCAUGGCUGAGGUAGUCCCAGCGAUACCUGACAAGAAGUCUUUUGGUUAUGGGACAGCGGUGAUACCCAAAGAGAAUGAGACCAGAGAGAGGAUGCAAGCCAUGGAGAAACAGAUUGCCAGCUUAACUGGUCUUGUUCAGACUGCGCUUUUAAAAGGGCCAAAUACAAGUAAUAGCAAAGAUGCUUCUAGUGAGAAGAUGGUGAAAACUGUCUCCAGUAAAAGCAACACUGAGAAGUCAGGAUCUGCUCAUGUAUCUAGUGGGAAGAAUUCCUUAGCAGCCAUGGAGGCCGUCACCUCGAGCCUCAGUCCCUCCAUCCCGGCGGGCUCCACAGCCAUGCAAGUCAGCCUCUUCGACAUAAAGCGCAACGUGUCGGAUCUCCGCCUCCAGCUGCGCCAGAUGAGACAACUACAGCUGCAGAACCAGGAGACGCUGAGGGCCAUGGUGAAGAAAGCCGAGCUGGAAAUCAAUGACAAAGUGAUCGAAAGGGCAAAGCGGCUUGAAGAUCCCGUGCAACGGCAGCGCCACCUGGUGGAGCAGGAAAGGCAGAAAUACCUCCACGAAGCGGAAAGGAUUGUGAAGAGCUUGUGUGAGCUUGAAAGUUUUGUUGAAGAUCUGAAGAAGGAAUCCAGGGCGGCUAACCGGAUAGUUACGCUGAAAGAUGUCGAAGAUGGCGCUUUUCUCCUACGGCAAGUUGGAGAAGCCGUCGCCACCCUCAAAGGUGAAUUUCCAACAUUGCAGAAUAAAAUGCGAGCCAUUCUUCGUAUUGAGGUGGAAGCUGUGAGAUUUUUAAAGGAGGAACCCCAUAAGCUAGACAUCUUACUGAAGAGAGUCCGGAGCAUGACUGAUACCCUAACUACCCUCCGGAGGCACGUUACAGAUGGUCUGCUUAAAGGUGUGGAUCCCUCCCAAGCUGCGCAGUACAACGCCAUGGAGAAAGCCACAGCAGCCGAAGUUCUGAGGAACCAAGAAGACAUCACAAACAGCCCCACUUGCCUGGAGCAAAAAGUGACCGAAGCCCCGGCGGAGCCGUCUGUCAAGUCAGAGGCAAUCCCUGUUUCCACGAUGACGGUCCACCAUGCUCAAAGCUCUCCGGUGGUCAUCCAUCCGUCUCAGCAUUCAUCAGCCUUGGUCAGUCAUGCCCCAAUGUCUCCACCGGCAAACAGCCCCGCAGGAGGGUCAUCUGGGUCAACACACCCAACCUCUCCCAUGCCAGAGUCUGCAACUGUGAUGGCAACUGCUACCCAGCAGCCCCAGGCACCUCACUCGCCCCACGUUUCAGUGAACGGCUCCACCAUGCAAAGCCUUUUUAUUGAAGAACUUCACAGUGCCAGUACGAGGAACAGAGCUCUAUCAAUCGAGAAAGCAGAGAAGAAAUGGGAAGAGAAGCGGCAGAACCGGGACCACUAUAAUGGAAAAGAGUUCGAAAAACUCCUAGAAGAAGCACAAGCAAAUAUCAUGAAGUCCAUCCCAAACCUCGAGAUGCCUCCACAAGCCACAGCUGAUACAACCGAAAAACUAGAAGUCUCCGAAGAGACUCCAAACACAGAACAGGACACCGAAAAGCCAGUGAAGUCUCCGCCACCUCCGCCUCCACGUCGCAGCUACCUGCUAGGACCUGGACUAAGCACAAGACUGGGUGAAGUCACUUACGUGACCAGGAAAGACAGCACUACGGCCAAGGAAAGCAGUGAAGAUGCACAGCACAAAGUCUCUAAAGAAGAUCACGGUGCCCCUCAGGCUCUGAGCACAGCCAGAGUUCCACCUGCAAAAGACGAGGAAGAAGAGGAAGGAGAUAGAAUAAUGGCAGAACUACAGGCUUUCCAGAAGUGCUCUUACAUGGAUGUAAACUCAAACAGUCAUGUUGAACAGUCCAGAAAUGACACACACACAAAAGAUGCAAGGCAUGUGGCCUUAACACAUCCCAAGGAGAAGAAGGUGUAUGGGGAGGCAACAAAAGAUAGUGACCAUCCCAAGGACAAGACUGAUGGGAGAACAGAAGAGAUGGUCUUGCAUGCUUCCAGCAUCACUGAAAACUCUGUCUUCAGCAAAGAUUUGCUUUUGGAGAAUAAGGAGUAUGCCCCCCCAAGUUCUUUUAGGCCAAACACAAACAUCUCCAAUGUGUUAGAAAAUGAUGAAAGGAAAAAGGGGGCCGAAGAGCCACAAUGUCCACCAGCAGAAGCUGCAAGACAAAAGCUAAACUAUGGCAUAGUAAGAGAGACUGGCCAUGGUGCAUCACAGAAUGAGCUCCUAGAAGGUGAAGGGGCCCCCCUGGUCCGACAAACAGAUUCACAGCCCCAGGAGAUUUCAUUAGCUCCUAAAUCACCCCAUGAGCAAGAAAUGCCUGUUAGUGGCUAUAGUCAGGUUGUACUAAGGCAUAAGGUAUCUAGGAACAUUACCUUAAAUGAUAUUGAUGAGGUAGAGUCUCCAGCUAGCUCUCCAGGUGAAGAAAACCCACCAUCAGAGAACAUUGCUUUCAUGAUUACCAAAACAGCAGUCCAGUUUCUGUCUAGCGGAGAGGUCCAUGAUAUAGUAAACAGGAAGGGAGAAGAUGUGCAGACUGUUAACAUUGAUUCCAAAAAGGAAGCAGCGUCCCAGCAAGGCAGGCUGGAGAAUCCAGAGAAUGACGAACCAGUUGUUUGCUUGGACAAAAAACCCGUCAUCAUUAUUUUUGAUGAACCAAUGGAUAUCAGAUCAGCUUAUAAAAGACUUUCAACCAUAUUUGAGGAAUGUGAUGAAGAGCUGGAAAAAAUGAUGACUGAAGACAAGAUAGAGGAAGAGGAAGAAAAUGAAGAAUCUGAUACUCCUGAUCCUCAUAAUGCAGGAGUUGUCCAAACUGAUAGUACUAGUAAGGGACUUUCGGCUGAUAGUACAAGGGAUCACAGGCCUGAGCAGCAGUUUGGGCUCCAUUCUCCAUCUGGUUCAUCAACUCAAACCACACCAUCGGAAGGGCAAGAAAGAGACAAGAUGGAUCUCGGGAAAUUGAGUUACAUUUACGGGCCACAUCCAGAAUCAAAGCUGGAUGCGCCAGAUGCUAAGAAGAAAUUUAAGUUUAAAUUUCCUAAAAAGCAGCUAGCUGCACUUACUCAGGCAAUACGCACGGGAACUAAAACUGGCAAGAAAACUUUGCAAGUGGUAGUGUAUGAAGAGGAAGAGGAAGACGGCACUCUGAAACAACACAAAGAAGCUAAAAGGUUUGAAAUCCCCAGUUCUCAGCCUGAGGACACUUCUGGGAAGCAAGAGCCAAACAUAUCAGUACAGACUUCCAGGACAGAGGAAAUUAGGAAGAAUACCUACAGGACUCUGGACAGUUUGGAGCAGACGAUUAAGCAACUGGAAAGCACCAUUAGUGAAAUGAGUCCAAAAUCAGUUUCUGAAGCCACAGGUCGAUCAGAGGGAGCUUCCGUCCCAGGCGUUUCCUCACCCAAAGAACCCAUAGCUCUGGAAGAGAGUAACACGGAAGUUGAAUUCCCUCCAUCAAUACCGCCAACUUCACGUAAGGCUUCACCCAGUCCUUCGCAGACCAGCAGAAUGCCAAUCCCCGCAGCCGCAAAAAGUAGGCCGCAAGGAAAUGUGGACAAAACAAGCAAACCACACAAGCUACAGGAUCAACGCCAGUACAGACAGGCUAAUGGAAGUGCUAAGAAAUCUGGUGGGGACUAUAAGGCUACUUCCCCUACCCUGUCUGCUUCAAAAAUUCCAGCCUUUUCUUCCACCUCUGGGAAAAGUAGCUCUGUGUCUAGUGGUGAUAGCACUAACCUUCUGAGCCCACCUACUAAAGCCUCUGUUCCUUCUUCUUCUAACCCUCUCAGUCCUCCAACAGGGCGCCCUACUCAUUCUGCUUCCUUAAUCCCUUCUGUUUCUAAUGGCUCCUUAAAAUUUCAGAAUCCUACUCACACAGGUAAAGGCCACCAUCAUAUUUCCUUCUCAAUACAGACUCAAAAUGGCCGGCCAACCCCUCUUCCUCCAUCUCCCUUUUCCUCCUCCUCCUCCUUCUCCUCUCCCUCUCCCACCUCUCCCACAUCACUGAGUCAAGGUAUGAAGAGCAUCCGGUCCAUCCACACACCCAGCUUCACCAGCUACAAGUCCCAGAAUGGAAGUGUCAGCAAACCCUCUCCAUCUUCUACCAUCACCAAGGAGUCAUCUUAAAAGUCAUAUUACUGGCCUGCCAAGUUCACCAAAGUCUUCUCAGUUGCUGAUAUCACUACAACCAAUAUCGUAGCCAAGGAAUAUGUACCAAUCUUGCUGUAUCAUUAUCAGGCUUAAUACUAGAUUUGUGCUAAAUACUGGGUUGAUAUUAUAAAUUAGAGACAAAAGUAGUUUUGUAAGCAUUCGUUGCUGUUGGAACACCAGAGUGGAGUGUGUGUGUGUGUGUGUUGUGGGGUGGGGGUUACAAAACUGUUACAAAAAAUACAGAGGGGUAUGAGUGAACUCAAAGUAUGUGUGCACAGAAAUUUAUCAAGCAUGAAAAAAUGUAUUAAAAAGUGAAUUGUUUUGUAUAAAGCUAUUUUUAAGUACAAGAACUUAACAUCGUGUGAUAAUGCAAAAUUAUAAAACUGAAACUAAAAUAUUUUUCUUUUAUUUUAGUGUUAUUUAGAUUUGUUACAGAUUUCUAUUUUUGUCAACAACAACAACAAAAGCCUUCAUGGUUACUUUCAAAAAUCUUUUUUGCCAAAACAUUUGAUACUAUUAUAAUGUACAUUUGAUAGAGUAUGCUGAACACUUCCUUUGCACAAGCCACAGAGUUAAGAUGGACACUGAUGUUUAAGAGGCAACCUUACCUAUUGCACUGCCAUUCAGAUUAUAUUUAAUAAUUUGCGAUGCCAAGGGAAAAAUUGUUUUUACAUUAAUGCAUUUGCUGAUUCCUUUUAGCUAAGUCUCUUCUUCCUUCAUUUUCCAUUUUAUUGAGAACUGGGUAAAUCAUGUAGUAUUGCAAUGUGGAUUAUUUUUAAGUGUACACUUCUGUACUGUUCUGUAUAAUGGAAAACCUUUGUACAUAUUAUAAUAUAAAUAUAUAUAUAAAUAUAAAUAUAAAUACUGUAUGUGGCUGGGCACAUAGAGUAGUUUUCAACACCAAAGGUCCAUUUUAUGCAUGGUUCUAAAGUCUGCUUUGGGAAAAGGUCUAUACGAGGCAUUUGCGGGGAGGGGAACCAAGGGUGUUUUAAAAAGCAACUUGUGUGCAAAACUAGAGUGCUCUUUUGUAAAUAUCUUAUUUGUACAACUCCAUAAUAUAAUAUACAGAUGCAAAAAAAAACCCUUUGCAAAAAUAAAGGGCUGCAUGCUUACA